AUGCCACUGCCUCGUUCAGCGAGAGAGGCUAUCGCCAAUGAUAGUGAAUGUGGCAAUCUGUUCUCUCUUGAUGAUCCCGAAAAACUAUUCGUGGACCUCCGGGAAAUCGGUCACGGUAAUUUUGGUGCUGUUUAUUACGCUCGAAAUUCGGAAACAAAUGAAAUCGUUGCAAUCAAAAAGAUGUCCACAGGACGAAAACAGAAUCCUGAAACGUGGCAAGAUAUUUUGAAAGAAAUACGUUUCCUCCGUGAACUUAAUCAUCGUCAUUGUAUAGCAUAUCGUGGAUGUUAUUUAAAAGAAUAUACGACAUGGCUUGCCAUGGAGUAUUGUCUUGGCUCGGCAGCUGAUUUGAUUGAAGUUCAUAAAAAGUCGUUAGCUGAAUGUGAAAUAGCUACAAUUGUAUGUGAUACAUUAUGUGCACUUGAGUAUCUCCAUUCGAUACAUCGAAUACAUCGUGAUAUCAAAGCAGGAAAUAUUUUAUUAACUGAAAAUGCCAUUGUCAAACUGGCUGACUUUGGUUCUGCUUCGUUUACCAGUCCAGCAAAUAGUUUUGUCGGCACACCUUACUGGAUCGCACCAGAAGUGAUCCUAGCAAUGGAAAAUGGACAAUACGAUGGUAAAGUCGACAUCUGGUCACUGGGAAUCACUUGCAUCGAACUUGCUGAACGAAAACCGCCUCUCUUCAAUAUGAAUCCUAUGUCAGCAUUGUAUCAUAUUGCACAAAAUGAUCCGCCAACGUUACAGAGUAAUAAUAGUGAAAAUCAGACGCGCACAAGUGAUUUUGCUUUAUUUAUUGCCAUGUGCUUAAAGAAAAAUCCAUGUGAACGACCAACAGCAAAAGAACUUCUCAAUACGAUAUUCAUAAAAAGUCAAAGUAAUCGUGAAAGUCUUAUUGAUUUAAUUCGACGUACGAAAGACGCUGUGAAAGAAUUUGAUAAUAUACGUUACCGUCGAAUGAAAAAAGUUCUGAUGGGUCAUGACGAGCAUAAUACAUCAAGUGCAGAUCUUCAUCAAUCUGUAGAGGUGAUCAAUAUGGACACAGAUAAUUCCAAUAAUAUUGAUAAUGAACUUCUAGAUGAUCGAACAUUAGAUGACGAUGAGGAUGAUGACGAUACACAUAGUGCUGAUUUGGUUUCCGGAACUCAUGAUCUUCAUGCGGAUGAUGACGAAAGCUUGAAUUCAAGUGGUUCGAGUCUUCAACUACCAGUUCCGCCACCUUCAGCUAUUUUCAAAGGCUUACUUAUGAAUAAACAGAUAUCAACGUCAUCUCCACCUAUACAGAAUCCCAUCUACAGUGGCAUGCCAUCGAAUCCAAUCAAUGCAAAUCGAAGAAUCGCACCGGCAGAUAUCGUCUCAUCGUCAAAUAAUAAUCAAUCAUCAUUCCAAACGCAAACGAAUGAAUCAAGCAACGUCCAAAUGAGAAAACAUUUACACCAUUUGGAAUAUCCGCUGACUCAACACCGUCGUAAUGGACUGCAUCAAAAUGAGUUUUCGACAAUAAAAACUACGCGUAUUGUCAUACGUGAACAGCGAGAACAUAAUCAAGAAGAUCAACAACUGGAGCAAUUUCGCGGAUAUAAACGAAUGAGACGCCAACAUCAAAAGCAAUUGAAACAGUUUGAAGAACGUUGUCGUACUGAAAAAAAUGAUUUACGUUCGAAACUCGAACGUGAAUACAAUGCCUUUCAAGAACAGAUUACUUUCGAAAACAAUCGUCUGUUAGAAAAACAUCGUAAAGAACUAGCCGAUCGAGUCAAAUAUAAUCAGAAUCAUUUCCGAAAAUUCGAACGCGAACAGGAAGAUAAUUUCGACGAUGAAUUGAAACGAUUUCAACAGGAACAGAUCAAACAGUACAAAUUGAAGAAAGAAGCGUUCAAAAAAGAAGUGUUAAAUUCAUCAUCGCGAUCAAAGACAGAAAAAGAAGAUGAAAUCCGUCGAUUAAAAGAUGAUCUACAAAUGAAAUUACGUCAAGACGAACAAACAUUACGAGUGCAAUUGAAUCACGAACAUACAGUUCGAAGAUUACAACUCAAACGACGCAAAUUAUUGUUACUACACGCACUCGAACAAAAGCUAAUUCAAGAAAAAUGUACAAAAAGCAUGGACACAAUCGUGCAACGUCAUGGAUUACUCAAGAAGCAUCAUGAAUUAACCAAAGAACUAGAAUUGAGACAACUAGCGAAUCUACACAGAACGCGAAAUGAAUUCACGCAGAAGCAACAUCUCACAGAAAUGAUCAAUUUCAAUGAAUAUAGUAAUCGUCGUCAAAAAGAACUAGUUAAACGACACGCAUUAAAUCAAAAACAAUUUCCGAAGAACAUUAAAAUAAAACAAGCGGAAAUUAAACGGCAACAUAAAGAAGCAUAUAAUCUUCAAUCUCGUCAAUACAAGGCACUAAAGGAAAAUCUUCGUCUUGAGUAUAUCAAUGUCACAUCAAGUCGUUCACGCGAAGAACUUGAUUUGAAAUUGAAAACAAUCAAAGACGAUCAACGGAAGAAGUUCGAUUUACUCUAUCAACGUUACGAAGAAGCUGUACAACGAAUGCUUGAUCAGCAAAAUAUUAAGUUAAACUCCGAUCAAGAACGCGAGCGUACUGCAUUGAAGGCUAUACUUGAUGAAGAUCAAAGGAAUCUAUUCAAUUUACAAGAAGAAAGUCGACUUCGAAUGGAACAGCAACAUUUAGAUGAACGAAAACAGUUGGAACGUAACAUCGAAGAACGAUUGAAAAAACUCAAUGAACAAAUGGAACUUGAAUUAGCUGAAUAUAACGAUGAUCGUAGUCGACAAAUCACAUUACUUCUAGAAAAACAACGUUGUGAAUUAACUCAAACAGAUCGUGAUAUCACUAACUUAGGUGUGAAUGUUGCUGAUCUUGCAGAUACUAUCCAAGAUAUUCACUUCUUUUCCGCUAAUCCACCCGUUCAUUUGACAGCUCAAGAAAAGCAGCUAUUUACAGGCAGUGCUCAUCCGAAUAAUCGUGCAUCGAUGAUCAGCUUACAACGUUCGUAUAGUACAAAUUCUUUUACUUCAAAUACAACGAAUGGUAGUGGAGCAAACGCACAUAAAUAA